AUGGCUGAUAUAUCCUCCAGCAGCAAAACCGCUGAGGUCGGCGAGUCUUACCGCCCAGACGAAACCCAGUUCGACGCAGUGGCAAGCACGGAUGGACAGGCAACAUUGAAAAGAGAUCUAUCAAGGCGCCAUAUCAAUAUGAUAGGCCUCGCUGGAAUGAUAGGCACCGGCUUGUUCCUAGCAUCUGGCCAGGCUCUAUCUGUCGCCGGUCCAGUGGGAGCUCUCUUUGGAUACCUAGUAAUGAGCGGGUUGACAGCGUCGGUGUCGUUGACGAUUGCCGAACUCUCCGCAUUCAUGCCAGUCACAGGCGGAUUCAUUAGGCAUGCUUCAAGAUUCAUCCAACCUGCGAUGGGUGCCGCCACGGGUUGGAAUUAUUUCUAUUUGAUGGCCGUCACUGGUCCGGCCGAACUCUCCGCUGCCGCGACAUUGAUAAACUUCUGGCAUCCGGACGUCAGCCCUGCACUAUGGUAUUCGAUCUUCAUUGUUCUCAUCGUGAUCAUGAGCCUUUGUGGAGUACGAGUAUAUGGCGAGUCGGAGGUAUUCUUCUCAAUGAUCAAGAUUCUGCUCAUCAUCGGCCUUAUCCUCGCUGGGAUUAUAGUCGACUUGGGAGGCUCGCCUACACAUGACAGAAUUGGAUUCCGAUACUGGAAAGAUCCAGGUCCAUUCAACGCCUAUCUUAUUGGGGGAAAUACCGGCAAAUUUUUGGGUUUCUGGAGCACUCUUAUUUCCGCAGCGUACGCCUUUUGCAAUAUCCAGGUCGUAGCAUUAACGGGCGCGGAGACCAAGAACCCGAGAAAGCUCAUUCCCGAGGCCAUGAAGAUGACGUUCUGGCGGAUCAUUGUGUUCUAUUGUAUCAGCAUGUUCGUUGUUGGUCUUUUGGUACCCUACAACGACCCUAACUUGGGAAAUGCAACUGGGACGGCACAACAGAGUCCAUUUGUCAUAGCGUUUCAGAGAGCCGGGAUCAAAGUGCUUCCCUCGAUCAUCAACGCGGCUUUGGUUACUUCUGCUUUCAGCUGUGGGAUGGCCGUCGUGUUCCUGGCAUCUCGUGUGCUGUGUGGUCUGGCAGAAGAGGGUCAGGCACCUCGCAUCUUUCUCAAAACCAAUAGACUCGGCGCCCCAUAUCCCGCAGUAAUUGUGUCGUCUUUAUUUUUGCCGUUGGUCUACCUCAGUCUGGGCAGUAACUCUUCUGUGGCGUUUGGAUGGUUUGUCAAUAUCGCAACCGUGGCAUCAUUGAUUGCCUGGCUCAUCAUUGAGAUAACAUAUCUGCGAUUCUUCUAUGCCUUCAAGGCUCAGGGAAUCGCUCGAGAACGUCUCCCUUACAAGUCACCCUUGCAACCUUACAUGGCCUGGUUAACUACGCUUCUGCUCGCUUUGAUCAUCCUGUUCUCGGGGUACAGUGUCUUCUUACACGGACACUGGGACACUGACAGCUUUCUUGUCUCUUACAUCGGUAUUCCGAUCUUUCUCUGUGAGAUCCCCGAAGCCCAUGUCCUGCUCAAAGAGAAGCUAACAACGUCGACAGUCCUCUGGGCCAGCGCUUUCUUGUUUCUUCGAACAGGUAUCAUCCCACUCAGGGAGAUAGAUCUGUCUGAAAUCGAGAUAAUCGAAAGGGAGAAAGAACUUCGUCCUGCAGAGAAGAAACUGCCGUGGUACCGAGUGCUUGUUUGA